UGGCAGAGGGAAGAGAGUGGAGUUGUACCCAUGAGCACGGAGCAGAGUUUGGGUGACCAGGCAGGGCAGGAUGUACAUCAGAAAGAAACUCCGUGUGUGCUGCACAGCUAGCCGGCAUGGACAUGAGCUAGUGGUGGGCAAGGCAAGAGGGGGAAAAACAGCAGCCGAGUUGAGACAGAGCAAGAAACAGAGCGUGGGCCCUUGCUUGGGCUUGGCAGCACAUGUGCUUGUCCUGCCUUGUUAUGUGUUUGCUGUAAUAUUUCCCCUUUAAGGCUGGGCUGAAGUUAUUUAUACUUGCGGGGUGGUGACAGGAACACAGAGUGGAGCAGGAGCCCUGAGCUGCUCUUACCUGCUCUGCAGCGCAAGGGCAGACGGAGAGGAAGGAAGCUCAGAAGAGAGGGAGCCAGAGAAGGGAGUCCAAGGGAGGGGAAGAGAAAGAAGGCAGGGCGUCCCCUGGGAGGGAUGAGGGAGGGGGCCAGCCAGACAAACAGAAAGGGGGAACAGGGGAAGGAGAGGUCCUCAGGGAAAAGCAAGGGGAGAACAGCUCUGGGGAGCUGAGGGGCCACCAGCGUCUGAUGCCAAGCAUUGCCAAAGGGUGCUGAGUGGGUACAGACAAGUGGAGCAGCUCUUGCGGUUCCCUCCCAGCACUCAAGAUGAUGAAAAAGCAGAUCAAUUGGAUGCGGCAGCAGCUGUCCCAUCCCAACAUCACCGGCCGAGCCCAAGAAGCGACGGAGCUGCUGCCAGCAGAUCUGCUGCAGAUCGAGCAGAGGAUUGAGCCAGCCAAGAGAGCAGCUCACAGCGUGUCCAAGAGGCUGCAAGCCUGCCUGCAAGGGCAGUGCGGCUCCGAGAUGGACAAGCGAGUGAAGAAGCUGCCCUUGAUGGCUCUAUCCAUGACGAUGGCUGAGAGCUUCAAGGAACUGGACACAGAGUCCAGCCUUGGGAAAGCCCUGGAGAUGGGCUGCUGUAUAGAAAGCUCACUGGCCAAAAUCCUGGCUGAGUUUGAGAUCACCCUGGAGCGCAAUGUGCUGCAGCCACUCAACAGGCUCAGUGAGGAGGAGCUUCCUAUUAUCCUGAAGCGCAAGAAGACCCUCCAGAAGCUGAUUUCUGACUGGAACACAAUCAAGAGCCGGCUGAACCAAGCUGCCAAGAGCUCCGGUAACAGUGCUGGCACUGGUGCUGGCCCAGGGGCAUCUUCUGCUGCCAACAAACUGGAGAUCUUGAAGGAGGAGGAGGAGGAGGUGAAGAAGAAGGUGGAGCAGUGCAAGGAUGAGUACAUGGCUGACCUGUACCACUUCUCCACCAAAGAGGACAGCUAUGCCAGCUACUUCAUCAAACUGCUGGAAAUCCAAGCUCAGUAUCACCGGCAGUCCCUCGGAUCUCUGGAUUCGGCUCUGGCAGAGCUGAAGGAAAGCCACAGCCAGACAGAGCCCUCCUUCACUGCAGACACCCCAGUGGUGGGGUACUACGGUGUGCCCCUAGAGACACACCUCAAAAGCUUGGGCCGGGAGAUCGCGCUGCCCAUCGAAGCCUGUGUCAUGAUGCUGCUGGCCUCUGGCAUGAGGGAGGAGGGACUCUUCCGGCUGGCAGCUGGUGCCUCAGUGCUGAGGAAGCUGAAGAGCAGCCUGGCCAGUGGCUCCAAUGCGCUGGAAGAGUUUUACUCAGACCCCCACGCCGUGGCCGGUGCACUGAAGUCCUACCUGCGGGAGCUGCCCCAGCCUUUGAUGACCUUUGAGCUCUAUGACGAGUGGCUCCAAGUGGCCAGCUUAAAGGAUGAUGAGAGCCGCAUACAGAGCCUGCGGGACACCUGCAGUCACCUGCCCCAUGAGAGCUACAACAACCUGAGGUAUCUGAUCAAGUUCUUAGCUAAGCUGGCUGAACACCAGGAGGUGAACAAAAUGACCCCCAGCAAUAUCGCCAUCGUGCUGGGCCCCAACCUGCUGUGGUCACAGCAGAGCACAGGAGACCCAAUGCAACUGGACUUGGCCUCGGUCUCCUCCAUCCAGGUGGUCAGUGUGGUUGAAGCCCUCAUCCAGCACGCAGAUACCCUCUUCCCUGGAGAGGUAGAUUUCAAUGUCUCAGGCAUGUUCAUGCCACCUGCAAACAGCAGACUUAGCGACGCCACCCCAGUGGAAGAGCUGACCCUUGAUGUCCCUCCAGCUAGCACCCCCACUCUCCUGGAUGGAGAGGUCACCUCGAGGGAUCUUGAGCCCAGGUCAUCCCCAGCAGUGACCAGUCCAUCUCCUGAAGCUGCAGGGCCACCAGCUCCAACGUUGACUGACGACACUGCGCGCAAAGGCAAGCGCCCGGCUCCAGCCCGACCCAUGAUGGCUCCACCACCUGUGGCCCAGCCCCGCAGCACAGCCCCUGCCCUGGCAGCCCCCAAGCAUGCAGCCAGCCCCAAAGCCCUGCCGCGACGGAUGGCCGGGGCGCUCAGCCGAGCCCCCAGCGUCCCACCACCGCUCCCGCCACAGCCAGCACACCGCCACAGCCACGAUGCCCCAUUGCCGUCCCCCAGGUCCCCGGCCAGUGAGGCCGAUGCAGUGAUUACCACGGACUGUGCCCCCGGAACCGUGGAUGAGGGGCAGCCACUGCCUGAGGCUGGGAGCCCGCUGGCCACAUCGCCCAUCUGA